AUGUUUCGGCAGAUUUGGGUGAACGACAAACACCGCGACUUCCAGAGAAUUGUCUGGAGAGAAAGGCCAUCGGAUCCAAUCAAACACUAUCAACUAUGCACCGUCACUUAUGGCACCACAUGUGCACCAUUCCUGGUUGUUAGGGUAUUAGAGCAACUGGCUUCUGAUCAUCAGCAGGAAUUCCCGAAUGCUGCAAAAAUCUUACAAGAGGAUUUUUAUGUCGACGAUGUGCUCACUGGGUCAAACAGUGAGGAGGAACUGAUACAAAAUCGAAAGGAACUUAUUCAACUUAUGUCCUGUGCUAAUUUGGAGCUUGGGAAAUGGGUAUCAAACACACCUCGCAUACCAACAGAAGGAACUGAUUCUACACAAUCAUCUCCAGUCAAGGUUCUUGGACUUUACUGGCAACCUGGUCUUGAUACAUUGUCUUAUAAUAUUUGGAUAUGCUACAACACCGACAACAUUGAAUUGCAUGGAUUCUCCGAUGCAUCUACGAAGGCAUACGCUGCUGUAGUGUACAGCAGAGUAAUCAACAAGGAUGGCUCGAUUUCUACAUCGAUUAUGGCUGCGAAGUCUAGGGUGGCUCCGCUAAAGCAGCAAUCUCUGACCCGCCUAGAGCUUUGCGCGGCACUCCUCCUAAGUCAACUCAUACGUUCGAUAAAGGCGGCACUUCGACAUCAAAAGGUCACGGUUUUUGCAUGGUGCGAUUCCUCAAUCGUUCUCUAUUGGCUAUCAUACGCACCCUCUCGACUAAAGACAUUUGUUGGGAACCGAUCUUCGGAAAUUCUGGACACCAUUCCAAGGCAUUAUUGGCGUCAUGUGGACUCCAAAUCAAAUCCAGCUGAUUGCGCAUCCAGAGGUCUCAUGGCUGCAGACCUAAAGGACUUUCAGUUAUGGUGGAAUGGCCCGUCAUGGAUACGUGACGCGGAUCAGUUUCUGGUAAGGUUAAACAACUCACAAGUCUGUUUGAAUAUUUCAGAAAAGAACAUAGAAAAGGAAGUCAAAAGCAAUUGUCUGACUGCAUUAGUAGAGGCAGCUCCUGAUCAUCCACUUGAUCAUCUUGUUCAACGAGUAUCUUCAUGGUUGACGCUCGUUCACACGGUUGGCUAUGUCCUUCGCUUUCUACGGUGCACGAAGGGUCCAUUUGGGGACAAGGGCUCAAACUGUCUUACGUUUGAGGAAUUCACCGCGGCACGCAUUCGAUCUCAGCUGGCUAAACUCUCGCCAAUGAUCGACAAGGACGGACUACUCAGGGUUGGAGGACGCUUGCACCACUCGCAAUUGUCCACAGAGGCGAAACAUCCAGUUUGGCUACCGAAAUCUCAUCGCAUCACCAAGCUGAUACUUGAAUACGAACACAGGGUCAACCUGCACCCUGGCGUCUCAUCACUCUUUGUUAUGCGGCAUCAUACAUCACAACAAAGGAUGGCUGAUCUACCCAGCAUUCGUGUCACUCAGGCACUUCCAUUUGUAAACACUGGAUGUGACUAUGCUGGUCCAAUCCUUCUUAAGGAUGGAAAGGGGCGCAAACCGCGCAUUGGUAAGGGCUACAUAUGCCUAUUUGUUUGUCUGGUCACAUCGGCAAUCCAUCUGGAACUUGUAACGGACUUGAGCACCGACUCAUUCUUGGCCGCGCUAAGACGUUUCGUCUCUUUGCGUGGCAAGUGCAAAAUCUAUAGCGACAACGGAACGAAUUUCAUUGGAGCUAAACGCUCUCUUGAUGAAAUGCAGAAGCUGCUGGCAUCUCAACCACACAUCGAAAAGGUUAGGAAUGCUCUGGCGAAUGAUGGCAUUCAAUGGGUAUUCAUUCCACCACAUGCUCCUCAUUGGGGAGGAAAAUGGGAAUCUGCAGUCAGAUGCGUAAAGCUGCCUAUUCGCCGAGUCAUUGGGAAAUCUACUCUCACCUACGAGCAGAUGCGAACUCUACUUGCACAAGUCAGUGCGGUGGUCAACUCACGACCCUUGUGCUACAACUCGGACACAGAUACCAAUUAUUUGUCGCCAGCACAUUUCUUGAUCGGCAGGCCUCUCACAACUAUACCAGAGGCAGACUUAGGCCACAUCCCCGUGGGCCGACUUGGGUACUGGCAAAGUAUCCAAUCUAUGAUGCAAGGUUUCUGGAAGCAAUGGCAUCAGGAGUAUCUUACCACAUUGCAACAGCGUCCAAAGUGGACCACUACAACACCAAAUAUAGCAGUGGGAGAUGUGGUGCUUGUAAAGGAAUCGAACACCCCACCAGCUCACUGGCAUCUGGCGCUGGUUCUCGAAGCCUACCCAGGCAAGGAUCAAUUGGUUCGAGCGGUUAGACUCAAGACCUCUUCGGGAGAAUUAACUCGGCCAAUCACCAAGGUUGCGGUAUUGCCCCGUUCAGAAACUGUGUUUCAGGGCGGGCCGGGAUGUUCAGGAACGGAUUGCGUUUAUCGAUAA